AACAUUGUAUGAUUUCAUAACAUUGUAUGUAUGAUUUCACAACAUUGUAUGAUUUCAUCUGACUUCCCAUUCUUUCCUUCCCAAUUCCCUUCCUGCCUUCUCUUCUCCAUUGUAAUAUAAAACUUCAUCUUAUCUUCUUCAAUUUCUAGAUCAAGGUCCACGCUUGACGCCUCCAGCCCUCCACGGCCCGCGUUUGCUUAAAUGGGUUCCCAAUCAGUUGCAGAUAUGAUAAAGGCUUCAUCAGGGGUACAUUUUUCUGGAUUUCACAUGGAUGGCAUUGAAUCAUGGAAAGCAGAUAUUGAGCAACCAACAACGUCAACUACUGCAAAUGUUUGCAAUCAACCUUUUAUCAUUGGAGUUGCUGGAGGUGCAGCAUCAGGAAAAACUACCGUUUGUGAUAUGAUAAUUCAGCAGCUUCAUGAUCAGCGUGUGGUAGUUGUAAAUCAGGAUUCAUUUUAUCAUAAUUUGACACAAGACGAGCUUUCACGAGUUCAUGAAUACAACUUUGACCACCCCGAUGCAUUUGACACUGAAGAGUUGCUUUGUACCAUGGAGAAACUAAGGCAUGGGAAAGCAGUGGAUAUUCCCAAGUAUGAUUAUAAGAGUUACAAAAAAAGUGUAUUUCCUGCUCGAAGAGUAAACCCAUCAGAUUUGAUUAUAUUGGAAGGGAUACUUGUUUUCCAUGAUCCUCGUGUUCGUGAGCUCAUGAAUAUGAAGAUUUUUGUUGAUACAGAUGCGGAUGUACGACUAGCUAGACGAAUAAGGCGUGAUACAGCCGAGAAGAGUAGAGACAUUGCUAUGGUGCUUGAUCAGUACUCAAAAUUUGUGAAGCCUGCUUUUGAUGAUUUCAUACUUCCAACAAAGAAGUAUGCAGAUAUUAUCAUUCCUCGUGGAGGUGACAAUCAUGUUGCUGUUGAUCUCAUUGUGCAACAUAUCCGUACAAAAUUAGGGCAGCACGAUCUCUGCAAAAUAUACCCUAAUCUGUAUGUUAUUCAAACAACCUUCCAGAUUCGUGGCAUGCAUACACUUAUCCGUGACACAGAGACUACGAAACAUGAUUUUGUUUUUUAUGCUGAUCGGUUGAUACGCUUGGUUGUUGAGCAUGGACUAGGACAUCUUCCUUUCACAGAAAAGCAGGUUAUUACUCCUACUGACUCUGUAUACACUGGUGUAGAUUUCUGUAAGAGAUUAUGUGGAGUAUCCAUUAUUAGAAGUGGUGAAAGCAUGGAGAAUGCGUUGCGAGCAUGCUGCAAGGGAAUCAAAAUUGGCAAGAUUCUUAUACAUAGAGAAGGUGACAAUGGGCAGCAAUUAAUAUAUGAAAAGCUACCACAAGAUAUAUCGGAUCGACAUGUAUUGCUCUUGGAUCCAAUCCUAGGAACAGGAAACUCCGCUGUUCAAGCCAUAUCUUUACUCAUAAAGAAGGGUGUACCAGAAGUAAACAUCAUAUUUCUCAAUCUUAUAUCUGCACCCCAAGGAGUCCAUAUGGUCUGCAAAAGCUUCCCAAGAAUAAAGAUUGUGACCUCUGAAAUUGAAAUGGGCUUGAAUAAAGAUUUUCGUGUCAUACCUGGCAUGGGCGAGUUUGGAGAUAGGUAUUUUGGUACUGAUGACGAAUGAUCAAGAGGAUUUAAGCAUUUUUCAAGAUUGAUUUCAAAGGAUCACAAGCUAAAUAUUUUAAUUUUGCUAAUGCUAAUCAAGAAUGGCUAGCAGCUUUGCGAUUCAUUUGGCAGAAGUUUAGCCUAGUUGAUGGUUUGCUUCCACCGUACUUCAAAAUCUUUUACGCAUUCACCUCUCAAUUUUGUUACAAGAGAUUGCACCAAAUUGAUCUAUAGUCGAAGGGAGCAAAUGAGGCUCCAAAAGAUAGCGAUGGUGGUGUAUGAGCACAUCUAAGUGCGCCUCUAAACAUCGCUAUACAUAAUGUUGUAAUUGUCCUUUGUCGUAGGCACCUUUGUUAUAACUGAUACACAUUUUGUCACCCCUUGAGUUGUUUGUCUCCAACUGAUGAUAUUUUUAUAUAGUCCUUUCUUUGCUAGUUCCAA